CCCCCUCCCCUUCGGAUGUGGCUGGAGCUUGAGGCGCGCAGGGCCGGAGACGGUGCAGACCCGGGACCCGGAGCAGCUCGGAGGCGGUGAAUAAUAGCUCUUCAAGUCUGCAAUAAAAAAUGGCGUCCAAUAAAACUACAUUGAAGGUAUCUGCUCUGGGAUAUAGAAGUGGAAAUUUAGGUGUCAAAUGCAACGCAAAAAAUGGGAAAGAAACAGAAUGGAAAAAGUAAAAAAGUCGAAGAGGCAGAACCUGAAGAAUUUGUGGUAGAAAAAGUACUGGACCGACGUGUAGUGAAUGGGAAGGUGGAGUAUUUCCUGAAGUGGAAGGGAUUUACAGAUGCAGACAAUACUUGGGAACCUGAAGAAAAUUUAGAUUGUCCAGAGUUAAUUGAAGCAUUUCUUAAUUCUCAAAAAGCUGGCAAAGAAAAAGAUGGAACAAAAAGGAAAUCUUUAUCUGACAGUGAAUCUGAUGAUAGCAAAUCAAAGAAGAAAAGAGAUGCUGCUGAUAAACCAAGAGGUUUUGCCAGAGGUCUUGACCCAGAGCGAAUAAUUGGUGCCACAGACAGCAGUGGAGAAUUAAUGUUUCUCAUGAAAUGGAAAGAUUCAGAUGAGGCGGACUUGGUGCUGGCAAAAGAGGCAAAUAUGAGGUGUCCUCAAAUUGUAAUUGCUUUUUAUGAGGAGAGACUAACUUGGCAUUCUUGUCCAGAAGAUGAAGCUCAAUAAUUGUUUGCAUUGCUUUUUAUAUAUAUUUAUAUAUAUAUAUAAAAUCUGGUUCUUGGUUUUUUGAUUUAUUAGUGUGAAGAAAUAACUACAUUCUAAUGAAAGUCAAGUUUGAUAUGUUCGUUUUGAAGUAGUAUUGGGGAAGUUGUUGGGUUUUGGGGGGGUUUUUUGGGGGUUUUGUUUUUGGUUUUUUUGCAUCUGUAGCACUGGUUACUUUGAACAAAUAAAAGCUUUCUGUAGUUGCUUCCUUUAGCAGAAAAGAAAAGCAAGCUAAAGUUGCUUCCUUUAGCAGAAAAGAAUAAUAUACCAUGGUAUAUUAUUUCCUCUGCAUUAGAGAACAGCUUUUCUAAAUGUUGGGGAAAAUCUCCAUAGUCAUUACUCAAUCAGAAUUUAGAAUUUGCAUUUAACUCAUAUAUGCCUAAGGACCAUUCUGGGUUUUCUGUAUGUGUAUACAUAAAAUACAUAUGUAAAUGGUUUGGGGUUUUUUUGGUUAUUGUUUAAACACAUUUACCAAAACAAAAACAGCCUUUCACAACCAUGGAUGAGCCCAUGUUUCUGGGGUUCUAUCAUUUUGAGCAAUAUAAGAAAUCACUUCAGCUUAAAUUGAAAAUUUAAGUCUUAACCUUUCAAAUUAAAUAAUUUUGUAAUUAAUGAGACAAAUUAAACAAUUUAAAUUGGAUAAUUUUUUAAAGCAGCCCUAUCAGAAUCUGCAUCCAUAUCUACCAUCAUAUAAAUGCAGUUUUAUAUGUAAAACCUCCCUGAAAGGAAAAUUUUAUCUGUCAACCCAAAUGAAAAAAAUAGAAAAAUUCUGGUAUGUUUUCAUUAGCCAAGCAAGACUUAGUUAAAUGGACAUUUAAAGCUUCCUCUUGGCAAACUAUUCUAAGAAGUUGAAAUCCGUGUGCUGUAUUUAAUGAAAGACUAAUACAUGCAAUGUCUCAGACUUGUUAAUGGAAACCUAAUCAGAUGGUUAGAGAUGUUGGCAGUUUAGGAUCUGCAGGAAUAAAUGAGUGAACAAAGUUUUCUAAUCUAAACUUGACCUGCAUGUUUUUUCAAACUUUACCCCAACCCAUUCCUUACAUGUAGGCUCAGUCUUCUCAGUAUUUUGGGUUACUGGUUCAGCAGAAGCCAGGAAAAACAAUAACUUUGUAGUAAUCAGAAUGUUAUUCAACUGUAUAUUGUUUACUUUAUUGUAAAUACUGGUGAACAGUGGUCAAUAAAUAGUUUUAUAUUCCUUUA